AUGAGUCGUGAAUCCCUCCCAGAAAUGCAGCGACAAGUGACCGAACAGCACCACUAUCCCCCCAGCUCCCUUCUCCCCCCAGACGCAUUACCCGACUAUAAACUCGCCACCCUCCGUUUAGCAUUUUGCGCAGAAAACCGCGACUCCUGGCUGGAGCGACUCAACGCUCUCCUUCAUCAUAUUGACCAAUCCAUUGAAGGUUUCAGCGAAGCGGAACGGGCUGUGGCAGUCGAUGGGACGAUAUUUGAAGGAAUAAAGAAAGACUACAUCGACAGAGGCUAUCCUCAAGUGGCGGUACAUAUGGACCGGCUCCGUGAGGACCUCAGGCAACGAAAGGUCAACAAACCAACACCACCGUCGCUUCGCACGCCGCCAACCUCACCAGGAUCAUCGGAAACAAGGCCCACACUCGCUCCUGACUCCCUCCCGGACUACACACUCGCCGCUCUCCGCUUGGCAUUCUGUGCUGAGACUCGCGACAGAUGGCUGGAACGCACGUACAGUCUCCUACUCGAAGCUGAAAAGGCGAUUGAAGGAUUUGAAGAAGCGAAUCGUGGAGUAGCAGUCGAUGGAACCGUUUUCGAGGGCCUGAAGAAGGAUUAUACUGAACGGGGUUUUCCAGCAGUUGCAAGGGAUAUGGAUAGUCUCCUCGCGGAGCUCAAGCGCCGAAAAGUCACCAUAGAGCGCCGAUUUUCGCUUCAUACCCCACCCAGCUCCCCAAAUCCCUCCGGCUCCAGGCAUUCCUUCCACCUGCUUCGCAGGGUCGAUCCGACAGUUGGCGUGUUGUAUUACUUUGAAAUGGGAUCCUGUGUGUAUAGUCAAAUUCCUCCUGUGACAAGCUGGGAUGGGAGUACGUGGAUGGAUCCUUUAACUCAAGACCUCAAACCUGCCCGUUGGUUGCAAGUCGACUUGAAGGCCAGCUUUGAAUAUCCACUGGCAGCGGCGGCGCCAGAGACUGGACUCGGACGUUAUGCCUUUGCCGUUGAAAUUCCCUGUAACCGCGACGGCCACAGACGGAGGGCAGCGCUCUUUGCUGACGUCGACCGUCUCGCUUCGAACUUGGCCUGCGCGAUCCUCGACACUUGCCACUCGGCGAAUCAGCACGUUAGCAGGCUAGUACAGUCACCUGCGGUUUCCAGCACUCCUUCCCAACAUAUUGACUGCGGCGCUUUGGAAACAUUGUCACGGUCCCAUAGUAGUACGCGGCUUGAUAGUACGCGGCUUGGCGUGACCACUCGCCACCGGUCCUGGCACCACGACGGUUGGGCCAAGAAGUUGAAGGGGAUUUAUCUGCGAUAUAAAGCUCGUGUCCAAAGGUUUGUGCACUCUUACCGCACGUCCCGCCAUCUUUAUUCGAUUCACUUGUUGUCAAAGACACUGACCCUGCUAGUUUUUUCGUGGCAGAUGAACCCUUCUGGCACCUCCAACAAUGCUUCGACGUUCUCAGAUACACCAAAGGGCUCUCGUGACAGCUCACUGCUUUCGCAUUUGCAAGUGCAGUCGCUUCAAAAGCUCCAACGUCAAAUGGGCUUGGAGCAUAACCCCCCCUUGUUCGAUUCGAUAACUCGCGCCGUUCAUCUCGCGAUCUCCAAAGCCCGGAGGUGCUCGAAGGUUACAUGCCACCGGUUGGACAACCAAGAUGAGAAAGCUGAGAUUGACAUGGAAAGAGUUAUAUGGAAUGUGCGAGACUACGUUCCCUUUGUUCAGGAGUACCAGGACUAUUGGCCGAUCUACGACCUGGUCCGUCUUCAUCUCGACACGAUCAGAGAGCGAGAGGCCCUCUUCAAACUCAACAAUGCUUCCACUGCAACCCUUCCGGACUAUGAAUCUGAACAACUUCAAGUUGAAACCUAUCCAUUCCCAGCUAACGUUGGUUCUUAA